CUUCUGGAACGUUCUUUCUUUCUCUGUUCAGCAUCGAGGUUAGGCCGGCACCUCCUCAGAGUAUCUGCAACUUCCAUCCGCUUUGCUACAUAAAACUUGACAAGAUGUCUAAGGGACCAGCCGUUGGCAUCGACCUGGGGACCACCUACUCAUGCGUUGGUGUCUUUCAGCAUGGCAAAGUUGAAAUUAUUGCCAAUGACCAAGGAAACAGAACCACACCAAGCUACGUCGCCUUCACCGACUCUGAAAGGUUGAUUGGUGAUGCAGCCAAGAACCAAGUGGCCAUGAACCCCACCAACACAAUCUUUGAUGCCAAGCGACUGAUUGGCAGAAGGUUUGAAGAUUCUGUGGUUCAGUCUGACAUGAAGCACUGGCCAUUUCAGGUGAUCAGUGAUGGCGGACGCCCUAAAGUGGAAGUGGAGUACAAAGGAGAGACUAAGAACUUCUACCCUGAGGAGAUUUCCUCCAUGGUGCUGGUUAAGAUGAAGGAGAUUGCCGAAGCCUACCUCGGAAAAACGGUCAACAAUGCUGUAAUUACUGUACCAGCUUACUUCAACGACUCUCAGCGUCAAGCCACCAAAGAUGCCGGUACCAUCUCUGGUCUUAAUGUUCUGCGUAUCAUCAACGAGCCCACCGCUGCUGCCAUUGCAUAUGGUCUUGACAAGAAGGUUGGUGCUGAGAGGAAUGUCCUGAUCUUCGACCUUGGUGGUGGUACCUUCGAUGUGUCCAUCCUUACAAUUGAAGAUGGCAUCUUUGAGGUAAAAUCCACUGCUGGUGACACUCACCUGGGUGGUGAAGACUUCGAUAACCGCAUGGUAAACCACUUCAUUGCCGAGUUCAAACGCAAACACAAGAAGGACAUUAGCGACAACAAGAGAGCCGUUCGCCGUCUGCGCACUGCCUGUGAACGUGCCAAGCGCACCCUGUCCUCCAGCACCCAGGCCAGCAUUGAAAUCGACUCCCUGUAUGAGGGUGUUGAUUUCUACACCUCGAUCACCAGAGCUCGCUUUGAGGAGCUCAAUGCUGAUCUCUUCCGUGGAACCCUGGACCCAGUUGAGAAGUCUCUCAGAGAUGCCAAGAUGGACAAAGCUCAAAUCCACGACAUUGUUCUGGUCGGUGGCUCUACUCGUAUCCCCAAGAUCCAGAAGCUUCUUCAGGACUUCUUCAAUGGCAAGGAGCUCAACAAGAGCAUCAACCCCGAUGAGGCUGUGGCUUAUGGAGCAGCUGUCCAGGCUGCCAUCCUGUCUGGAGACAAGUCCGAAAAUGUUCAGGAUCUGCUGCUGCUAGAUGUCACCCCUCUGUCUCUCGGUAUUGAGACUGCCGGCGGAGUCAUGACCGUUCUCAUCAAGCGUAACACCACCAUUCCAACCAAGCAGACCCAGACAUUCACCACCUACUCUGACAACCAGCCUGGUGUGCUCAUUCAGGUUUAUGAAGGUGAGCGUGCCAUGACCAAGGACAACAAUCUGCUGGGCAAGUUUGAGCUGACUGGAAUCCCACCUGCACCUCGUGGAGUGCCCCAGAUUGAGGUCACCUUUGAUAUUGAUGCUAACGGCAUUAUGAAUGUCUCCGCUGCGGACAAGAGCACUGGCAAGGAGAACAAGAUCACCAUCACCAAUGACAAGGGUCGCCUCAGCAAGGAGGACAUCGAACGCAUGGUGCAAGAGGCCGAGAAGUACAAGGCUGAGGAUGAUGUACAACGUGACAAGGUGUCUUCCAAGAAUGGGCUGGAGUCCUAUGCUUUUAACAUGAAGUCCACUGUGGAGGAUGAGAAACUGAAGGGUAAAAUCAGCGAUGAGGACAAGCAGAAAAUCCUGGACAAAUGCAAUGAAGUCAUCGGCUGGCUUGACAAGAAUCAGACUGCUGAGAGAGAGGAGUAUGAGCAUCAUCAGAAGGAGCUGGAAAAGGUGUGCAACCCAAUCAUCACCAAACUGUACCAGGGUGCUGGAGGCAUGCCAGACGGUAUGCCAGGUGGUUUCCCAGGAGCUGGCGCUGGUGCUGCACCUGGUGGUGGAUCUUCCGGUCCCACCAUCGAGGAGGUCGAUUAAGCCAUUUCCGACAUGCACUACCUCUGAAGUUUACUGAAUUUGCCCUCUGUAGCUGGAUUCCAAAGCUGGUUGUGUUUUGGCUUUUCUGCUACAGAGCGACUGCAGUGGGAAAAAGGGAUUUAGGGAUCUCAUCACAAAAAACAGAUUUUUUUACUGGAAUGUUGCACAAAUCUAUUUAUCAUGAGGCUACAGAAGCCUUUAACUGCCUUGUUUCGCCUUCACAUUAAUAAAGAGAACUACUUCCCA